AAAUGAAACCUGAAAGUAGCAGCACGGGAGGAUGUGCAGGGCCUUAUGAGUUCAGGACUUGAGCUCUUAAAUGGAGUAAACCAUCCACCACCAGUGAGUUGCGAAGUGCUUACCUGAGCACUGAGAGACCGUUGAGCUGCGAGAACGGCUGAGAGAUCUGGACGAAUGUAGGAUGCGAAAGCCGAAGACGACCAUCGGCCGAGUUGCUGGAGAGUUGAAGUGGGAAUACCCUGCGCGGCUGCGGAUGUAGCUGCUCCUAUUCUAAAGGAGUGGCCUGAGAAUCGAGCACGGCUGGAAAGCGACAGGCGGCGUGGGUGUGGAGCCGUUUAAACGGAAGCUUGAUUGAAGAUUGGAGAAAGCGGGUCGAGGUCCGGAAAUGAAGAUGACGCAGUAACAGCCUCCUCUUGGCUCCCAUCUCUCCUCUGGCCUCCACCACCAGUGUCUGGACCCUGGGGAAGCUGCUCUUACACUGGAGGACUCUGUACAGUGAAGAGUGAAUCAUGCUGAGGUUUUAUGUGCUCCUGCUUCCUCUCUUUACAGCUUAUGGGGAUGUGCUCUACGCUGAUCUUGGAGAGAAUGUCACUUUGAAUUGUUUUUAUACUUCCAGUGCCAAACAUCUGAGCUGGUACAAGCAGGUACCAGGAGAGCCACCUCAGAUCAUAUCUUCUUUUUACAAAUCACUUGCAGACUCUAACAUCUUCCACAAGCAGUUUAAGGACAGCAAGCGACUUUCAGUUUCUACUGGGGAUGGUUUCUACAAUCUAAAGAUAUCCAAUGUCCAAAGCUCUGAUUCAGCUUUGUACUAUUGCAGCUUUACCCUCAUUACUGUCACUGAGUUUGCCAAAGGAACAUUUUUAUUACUAAAAAAUUCAAGUUGCAGGUCUUUCCUCCACCAGCCAGAUUCCGUCUCUGUUCAGCAAGGAGACUCUGUGACUCUUAACUGUUCUAUGCUCACUGGAAGCAUCAAUGGAGAGCACAGCGUUUACUGGUUUAGAAAGACCUCAAGGGGGUCCCACUUGGGAACGCUGUACACUACAAGCAGUGGCGGUAAGUGUGUGAGAAGCCCUGAGAGCAGUUCUCUUAUGCACAGCUGUGUGUACAGUUUACCAAAGAGGAACGUGAGUGUUUCUGAUGCCGGGACAUACCACUGUGCUGUGGCUUCAUGUGGACAGAUUCUGUUUGGUGAAGGAACGAGACUAAAUGUAGAAGAGCUUGAUACUGUGUUGCUGCAUGGAGGGGUUGCAGCCCUGACGGUGUCUCUGAUCUUGAAUAUCAUCCUGAUUUCUAUUCUUUGUCAAAACUCCCGAAGAAAAAACAAGCAUUCAGAAGGAUCCCAUCAACAGCCAGAACACGUUGCUGACACUCAGGACUGGGUGGAGACGAGGGAGAGGCAGCAGGAACCAUGGGAGCAGGUGGAGAACUGUGAGCCUCUCCCUGACAGCGUCGGACAAAGCAAGACGAGGAAGAAAACAGGGGGCUCCGACAUAGACACAAGCACAGGCUGCGGUGAGGAAACUGAAAGCACCACCGGAAGAACUGCGCUGGAGCUGACAGGUGGAUGCAGGCGCUUCCUGUGGUGA